AUGGAUGCUAUUGAGACUACAAACAUUGAAGUACACACAGAAGUUCCGCACAGUGAAACACAAAAUGGAUUUCCAAGAUCCGUUUCUUCAAACAGUGAAGAUGACAAAACGGUUAGGACAAAAGCCAAAGGCCUUCCCAACGGUUUGAGGAAGGGAACAAAGAAAUAUCCAGACUAUAUUCAAAUAGCAAUACCAGCAGACUCUAAAAACAAAUUUCCUCUAGAAUGGUGGAAAACAGGAAUUGCCUUUGUCUAUGCUCUUUUUAAUAUGGUUCUAACCACAGUCAUGAUAACAGUAGUUCAUGAAAGAGUCCCGCCUAAGGAGGUAAACCCACCAUUGCCAGACAAGUUCUUUGACUAUAUUGAUCGAGUGACAUGGGCCUUUACUGUAUCAGAGAUAAGUGGGAUGAUUCUGGUUGGAAUCUGGCUACUUCAAUGGCUUUUCCUCAGAUACAAAUCAAUCGUGGGGAGAAGGUAUUUUUUCAUCAUCGGGACUUUGUACCUAUAUAGAUGUAUAACAAUGUAUGUCACAACCCUACCUGUGCCUGGUUUGCACUUUCAAUGUGCUCCAAAACUCAAUGGAGAUUCUUACGGUAAAGCACAAAGAAUCCUGCGACUGUUAACUGGGGGUGGCCUGACUAUCACUGGAUCUCAUAUCUUAUGUGGAGACUUUCUUUACAGCGGACACACAGUCAUGCUGACCCUCACCUAUUUAUUUAUCAAAGAAUAUUCCCCUCGUCACUUUUGGUGGUAUCACUUAUUCUGCUGGCUGCUGAGUGCUGCGGGGGUCAUUUGUAUUUUAGUAGCUCACGAACACUAUACCGUGGAUGUUAUUAUAGCUUACUACAUCACUACUAGACUCUUCUGGUGGUAUCAUGCAAUGGCUAAUGAAAAGGCAUUGAAGACUUCAUCUCCAACUAAUUUCCUUUCCCGGUCCUGGUGGUUUCCUGUGUUUUUCUUUUUUGAGAAGAAUGUCCAGGCUUCUAUUCCAUGCUCCUUCUCCUGGCCCAUCUCAUGGCCUCCCAGCUGCUUUAAGUCUUCAUGUAAAACAUAUGCAAGGGUUCAGAAGACUGGAGAAGACAAUGAGAAAUGCACAUGA